GCUAUAUUUAUAGAUUAUGCACAAGAUGGAAGGCCCAAAGUUUCUUGUGAGAGCUGCUUAAUCCUCUCACCUUAUCUCUGUUUCUUUCUACCUGUUUCUCCUUAUCACCUUUUUAGCUACCUUCCUCAUAAUUCAAUCCACCCAAAACCCUUGCAAAACCCUAUUCUUUACACUCCUUCCACCAUUGAAAUAGUUGAAUCCAUGGAGUCUGGGUCUCAAGUGGAUACGACGUCGCUUCUUGCUAAACAACCAUCAGGUAUUCGUGCUUUACCUUCUCAUGAUGAUGACGAUGAUGAUGAUUUUGACACUGAUUAUACUGUUGAAACGAAUAAUUCUCCUGAAAAUUUGAUUGAAAACGAUGAAAAUAAAAUGAAUUUAGCUACUAGUAGUAUUAAUGAAAAUAGUAAUAGUAGUAUUAGUAGUACUUCCGCUAGUAGUGGGAAUAAUGGAAGUUUUGUUAAUGGUGAGGAUGAAUUUGAGACAGGUUUAGCUGACUCAGAUGAUGAAACCCUAGAAAAACCAAUUGAGCUAGGUGAAAUUGAUACCCUUGCAUCUGGGUCUGAUGUAGUUUCACCAGAUAUUGGGGCUCCGAAGGUAGGUUUGCCCGUGGCGAAGGUUUCAGAUGAUGGGGAUGAUGAUGAAAUUGAGGAUGUUAGUGGAGAGGAAGAUAAUGGUGAAAUUGAGUCUGAAUUGAGUAGGUCAUUUGGUGUUAAUAAGGCUCCUAGAGUUAGGGUUUCGGGUGAUGAUGAGGAGGAGGGAGAGAGUGAGGACGAGAUCUUUGAAGAAGCAAACGAGAAGAUAGAGAGUGAUCCAUUAGACGAUAAGACUGUUGAUGGUGAUGAUAAAGUAGAUGUUGAGUUGGUUAAUGAGGAGGAUGCUGUUGUGGAUUCCGUAAAUGUGGAUGUUGUUGAAACAGUAAGGUCAGGGGUUGCUGUUGUUCAGGUAGAAGAAGAAAAGCUGGACUCUAAUGUCGAGUCUGAGGAAACUGUUGUAGGAGAUAAGGAUAGUGAGGUGGAAUUUGUAGUUCAAGUAGGGGAGGAGGACACAUCUGUGGUGGAAGAGCCUGCGUUGGAUGCGUCUGCGUCUGUUGAAGUUAGUGAAGUGAAGUUAACUGAUGAGGGGGAUUCUAUCGUGGAUUCGAUUCGUGUCGAUGCUGGUGAAGCUUUACGGUCUGUAGCUACCAUUGUUGGGGAAGUAGAGGAAACAAAAGACUUAGAGAGCAAAGAAACUACAGAUGCUGAAAACAAUGUUAUUGAAGAUUUUGUUUCAACAUUGGAGGAUAGUGUUGCAGAAAAACCUGCUGUAGAUGAUGAAACCCUAGUAAAAUCAAUUGAGGUAGGUGAAAUUGAUACCCUUGCAUCUGGGUCUGAUGUAGUUUCACCAGGAAUUGGGGAUCCGAAGAUAGGUUUGCCCGUGGCUGAGAUUUCAGAUGAUGGGGAUGAUGAUGAAGUUGAGGAUGUUAGUGGAGGGGAGGAUAAUGGUGAAGUUGAGUCUGAAUUGAGUAGGUCAUUUGGUGUUAAUAAGGCUCCUAGAGUUAGGGUUUCGGGUGAUGAUGAUGAGGAGAGAGAGAGUGAGGACGAGAUCUUUGAAGAAGCAAACGAGAAGAUAGUGGGUGAUCCAUUAGAGGAUAAGACUGUUGGUGGUGAUGAUAAAUUAGAUGUUGAGUUGGUUAAUGAGGAGGAUGCUGUUGUGGAUUCCAUAAAUGUGGAUGUUGUUGAAGCAGUAAAGUCAGGGGUUGCUGUUGUUCAGGUAGAAGAAGAAAAGCUGGACUCCAAUGUCGAGUCUGCGGAAACUGUUGCUGGAGAUAAGGAUAAUGAGGUGGAAUCUGAAGUUCAAGUAGGGGAAGAGGAUACAACUGUGGUUGAAGAGCCUGCAUUGAAUGAGUCUGCGUCUGUUGAAGGUAGUCAAGUGAAAUUAACUGAUGAGGAGGAUUCUAUCGUGGAUUCAAUUCGUGUUGAUGCUGGUGAAGCUUUACGGUCUGGAGCUGCCAUUGUUGGGGAAGUAGAGGGAACAAAAGACUUAGAGAGCAAAGAAACUACAGAUGUUGAAAACAAUGUUAUUGAAGAUUUUGUUUCAACAUUGGAGGGUAGUGUUGCAGAAAAACCUGCUCUAGAGGAGUCUGUUGAAGGUGCUGAAGUUACUGGGGAGAAGUUAACUGAUAAGAAUGUUGAUGCUGUUGAAGUUGUUGGGGAGGUAGAAGAAGCAAAAGACUCAGAGAGUGCAGCACCUACAGAGGCCGAAAAUAAUGUUAUUGAAGAAUUUGUUUCGACAGUGGAGGAUUCUGUAGUAGAAGAACCUGCUGAUGUGGAUUCUAAAUCCUUGAAAGAAGAUGAGGUGAAGGUUCUAGGUGAAGAGGACUCUAUUGUAGACGAGAUUAAUGUUGAUGUUGUUGAAGCCGUGAGAUCUGGAGUAGCUAUUGUGGGGGAUUCUGAAGCAGCGAAAAUGGAAAAGGAAACGGAACCAGAGGGCAAGGACGUAGGUGCACCCGUUCGUGCAAAUUCUUCAGAGAUUGUUGAUGUUGAAGAUCUCUCAAAUCUGGCUGAAACUCCUGUUUCAGUAGAGAUUGAUGAGAAACUGCUGAAUACAGGGGAGGUCAAUUUAGAAAAUGAUGAAUCAAAGCAGCAUGAGUCUGGUGAUGGUGUGAAAUUUGUUUCCCUUGGGGACCAAGAGAGGGUUCAGGGUGAUCCUGUUAAUGAUACUGCUUCUGAUAAUAUCGAUCAGCAUGAAGCAAAACCAGUAGAGGGGCAUGACAAUGGAGAGUCUGAUGGUGACGGUGAACCUGUAUUCUUUAAGGAUGGGGUGUCUUCCAGAGCUUUUAUGGAAGAGUUGGCAUCUGGUGAACAUUCAGAGAUGAUUGAUGGUCAGGUUGUCACAGACUCUGAGGAAGAAGCUGAUUCUGAUGAGGAAGGAGAAGGUAGACAAUUGAUUGAUUCUGCUGCAUUAGCUGCUCUUUUGAAAGCUGCGGCUAGUGGUAACUCGGAUUCAAGCACUAUCACUAUAACAUCUCAAGACGGAUCUCGCCUUUUCUCUGUUGAGCGACCUGCUGGUCUUGGAACAUCACUCCGAUCUUUGAGACCUGCAUCAAAUUCAAGCAAUUCCAACAUGUUUGCUCAGCCCAAUGUUAUUUCUGCAUCUGAGGAUAGCUUAAGUGAAGAAGACAAAAAGAAGCUGCAUAAAAUACACGAGUUGAGGGUAAAAUUCCUGAGGCUUAUUCAAAGACUUGGUCAGACUGCAGAGCAAUCCGUAGCAGCACAAGUUCUCUAUAAACUAGCAAUGUUCGCAGGUAGGACAGCGAUUCCAACUUUCAGUCUCGAUAAUGCGAAACAGACUGCUUCGCUGCUUGAGGCUGAAGGUAAUGAAGAUUUAGACUUUUCCUUGAACAUCCUGGUUCUUGGGAAAACUGGUGUUGGCAAGAGUGCCACCAUCAAUUCAAUAUUUGGUGAAGAGAAGGUAAAAAUCAAUGCAUUCGAACCUGAAACCACUUCUGUUAAUGUCGUUAAUGGAAUUGUGAAUGGGGUCAAAAUCAGGGUCAUUGACGCACCAGGUCUCAAAUCUUCUGCAUUGGAGCAAGGUUUCAACCGUAAAGUUUUAGCCUCGGUCAAGAAGAUUACUAAGAAAUAUUCUCCAGAUCUCUUGCUUUAUGUGGAUAGGCUGGAUUCACAGACAAGAGAUCUAAAUGAUCUACCCAUCUUGAGGACAAUCACUAGCUCGCUCGGUUCUUCUAUCUGGCGGAGUGCCAUUCUCACUUUAACUCAUGCAGCAUGUGCUCCUCCAGAUGGCCCAUCCGGUGCCCCAUUGGGUUACGACGUGUUUGUGGGACAGCGUAGUCAUAUUAUUCAACAGUCUAUUGGACAAGCUGUUGGUGAUUUGCGUUUUAUGAAUCUAGGUAUGAUGAAUCCUGUCUCCCUUGUAGAGAAUCACCCUGCAUGUCGGAAAAACAGAGAAGGAGAUAAGGUUCUUCCGAAUGGUCAGGCCUGGAGACCGCAGUUAUUGUUGCUAUGCUACUCGCUCAAAAUAUUGGCUGACGCAAGCGUGGCCUCUAAGCCACAAGAUCCUGUAGAUCACAGAAAGCUUUUUGGUUUCCGUGUCCGUUCACCUCCUCUCCCAUACUUGUUAUCUUCACUGUUGCAGCCUCGUACCCACCCUAAACUUUCAGCUGAUCAGGGUGGUGAAAAUGGUGAUUCUGACAUUGACUUGGACGACUUUUCCGAUUCUGACCAGGAAGAAGAUGAGUAUGACGAGCUCCCACCAUUCAAGCCUUUACGGAAAACUCAGCUUGCUAAGCUUAGUGGAGAGCAGAGGAAAGCGUAUUUUGAUGAAUAUGACUAUCGAGUGAAGCUGCUUCAGAAGAAGCAAUGGAGAGAGGAGCUGAAGAGACUGAGGGAGAUAAAGAAGAAUGGAAAAAUUAACUUGAAUGACCCAAGUGACAUGCCAGAAGAUUAUGAUGCUGAGAAUGGAGCCCCUGCUGCUGUACCAGUGCCCUUGCCCGACAUGGUAUUGCCACCGUCUUUUGACAGUGACACUCCAGCUUAUCGUUAUCGGUUCUUGGAGCCAACGUCACAGUUCUUGGCUCGUCCAGUGCUGGACACCCACGGUUGGGACCAUGAUUGCGGGUAUGAUGGUGUCAAUGUCGAGCAAAAUAUAGGAAUCGCAGGACGCUUCCCAGCAGCAGUAACUGUGCAGGUAACCAAAGACAAGAAAGACUUCAACAUUCACUUGGAUUCUGCAGUCUCAGCCAAGCAUGGAGAAAACGGUUCCAGCUUAGUCGGGUUUGACGUUCAAACAAUUGGUAAACAGCUUGCUUAUAUCAUAAAAGGCGAAACCAAAUUCAAAAACCUGAAGAAGAACAAGACAGCUGGUGGAAUCUCGGUUACAUUUCUGGGAGAGAAUGUAGCCACUGGAGUGAAACUCGAAGAUCAGAUAUCUUUGGGUAAGAGGCUCGUUUUCGUAGGGUCCACAGGAACCGUUCGUUCUCAGAAAGACGCUGCAUACGGUGCUAAUUUAGAACUACGCCUUAAAGAUGCCGAUCAUCCCAUUAACCAAGACCAGUCCUCUUUUGUACUGUCACUCAUGAAAUGGAGAGGAGACUUGGCAAUCGGAGGAAACGUGCAGUCCCAGAUAUCUGUCGGGCGUAAUGCAAAGAUGGCUGUUCGUGUUGCGUUGAACAACAAACAGAGUGGGCAGAUAACCGUGAAGACGAGCACUUCUGAUCAUUUGGCUCUUGCUUAUGCUGGUCUAGUUCCUAUUGCUCUUGCCAUUUAUCAGAAAUUCUGGCCUAAUGCUAGUGAGAAUUACUCUAUCUACUAAAACUCUCUUUCAAUUUUGGUUUCAGUUAUUUAUUUCUCAUUUGUGUUUAAAUUGUGAUGAAGACUCGUUGUUUCAUUAGUUAUUUGUAUUAUUUUGAAAUAAUGGCUUUGUCUCAUUGAUAGGCCUUAAAUUUUGUUGGGUAUUUUCUAUAAUUGCGGGUUGUCAAUGUAUUCACAAUUCAAUGAGUAUGGAAACAGACUUUUGUUUAUCAUUAAUUAUAUUCUUAUUUCAUAGAAAAUAGUACAUUGAGCUUUGAUUAUAUGAUUGUAAAGG